AUGGCUGCGGGAAGACUAAUGCUCAUGUUUCCGCUGCUCCUGUUCUUGCACCUGGGCCUCGGCUGGGGCCCUGGUCCUCAAGGGGCUCCAGCGGCAGAAGAGGAGAUCUCAUCUGAGGAGAUGGCAGAGACUGGAGAGACCCGGAAGCCCAAUCAGGGUAACAACCACAUCCGCCUUCCAAGAGCCCUGGCUGCUCCAUGCCAGCUGUGGAGCCUGACCCUGCCGGUGGCUGAGCUGGGUCUGGGUUAUGCCUCAGAGGAGAAGGUCAUCUUCCGAUACUGUGCUGGCAGCUGUCCCCGAGAGGCCCGUACCCAGCACAGCCUGGUGCUGGCCCGGCUGCGAGGGCAGGGUCGAGCCCAUGGCCAGCCCUGCUGCCAGCCCACCAGCUAUGCCGAUGUGACCUUCCUCGACAAUCGUCACCGUUGGCGGCAGCUGCCUCAGCUCUCAGCCGCUGCUUGUGGCUGUGGUGGCUAGCUCUGUGCCUCGGAAUCACAAGCGUGAGACAGCCUGGGCUUUGAAUGGGUCAGAUGACAUUUAUUAGAAACUUGUAUAAGUGAAGAUGAGAAGGGGACCUGGGACUGGGUAUCAGUAAUUAAUGCAAUAAAAGAAAUGUUCUA